UCCAACACACGCCACGCAUACACAUACACACAACAUACACAUAUAGACGCCUGAACACGCACACACCCACACAAGAUGCCAGUGCAAUCUCCUAUUGCAAUCAGCAAUCGCGCUAUUGAACAUAUCGACGAUGUCGAUCCGCUGGAAUAUCAUGGCCAUUGGGAGCCAGUGGGCAUAGCACGCGUUCAAAACACCGGCACCUCGGCAAUGGUGACAUUCGCCAAACGCCAACAGCAGCCAUACAUAAAGGGUGGUUGCUUGCAUGACAACAAAUAUAUAUUUGAACAGCUCCAUUUCCACUGGGCGGACACGGACGAGUCGGGCUGUGAGCAUACGCUGGAGGGUGUGAAAUACUCGAUGGAGGCGCAUGCCGUACACUACAAUGCCAAGUAUAAGAAUUUUGCUGAGGCCAAGAACAAACCGGACGGUUUGGCGGUGGUGGCUUUCUUUAUACAGGCGUGCGGUGGCAAGGAUUGUCCAGAGUUCAAAAAGAUCACUGAAGGCAUACGCAUUGUGCAGAAGAUAAAUACAAGCGCUUCGCUGGAUUCGGAUUGCUUGUCCUGGAUUGGUUUGCAGGAGCUAAGCAAACAUUAUUACACAUACAAAGGUUCGUUGACUACGGCGCCGUACUUUGAGAGUGUCACUUGGAUCAUCUAUCGUACGCCGAUAUACGUCUCCAAGGGACAG